AGUAGCCGGCCGGCGAGUAUCAUAUUGUGUCGACAAUCGACUGUACACCUCAACCGAAGUUUGCAGUUAGUGAAGUUAGUCUACAUCCAUCCAUCGAUUAAGACAUACGUUUCGACACGUUUUGCAGUGCUGUUGAUCUACAAUAAGAAUCAAAAAUGAGCUUUGAAAUCAAAACAGUUCUGAUCGUUGAUGGAGUUGGCGCAAACUGCGCUGAGAUCCUGAGUUCCCAUGGAAUCCAGGUUACCACCAAGGCUAAAAUAACAAAGGAGGAGUUAUUGAAAGAAAUUCCUAAUUAUGACGCCUUGGUAGUGAGGUCUGCGUCCCAGGUGACAAAGGAGGUGCUGGAGGCUGGUACAAAAUUGAAAGUGGUGGCACGCGCAGGCGCGGGCGUCGACAACAUCGACGUCAUAACUGCUGGGCAGAAACGAAUUGGUGUUAUAAAUGCACCUGGUGCUAACGCUCUGAGUGCUUGUGAACUUACUUGUGCACUCACGAUGGCUCUAGCAAGACACAUCGUACCAGCUGCCACCGACUUUAAGAACGGAAGGUGGGAACGUACCAAGUACACUGGAACUGAGCUUAACGGCAAAACCCUGGCCAUUAUUGGGCUUGGUCGUGUUGGCAGGGAAGUUGCUGUACGCAUGAAAGCCUUCGGAAUGUCGAUUGUGGGAUUUGAUCCAUUUGUGAACGCAACUCAAUGCGAGGAGUUCAACACUACUAGGUUGGACCUUGAUCAAAUCUGGCCUAUUGCUGACUACAUCACUCUCCAUACGCCGCUCAUUGCAUCCACUCGAAAUCUUAUAAACGCUGACGUAUUAGCUCAUUGCAAGAAAGGGGUAAAGAUAAUAAACGUGGGUCGAGGUGGAUUGAUAAAUGAGGAAGAUCUUCUAAACGCACUUAACUCCGGACAGGUUGGUGGGGCGGCUUUGGAUGUGUUUGAAGAGGAGCCGCCGACGAACCCAAUAACUCUACAAAUAAUACAGCAUCCGUCUGUUCUCGGCACACCACAUUUGGGUGCCUCGACAAAAGAAGCUCAACUCAGAGUAGGCCAAGAAAUAGCUGAGCAGUUGGUAAACCUCAUCAAACCUGGAACCUACUCUACUCCUCUAGCAGAAGUCACUCGUGUUCUUCAAAAGUAAUUAAUAAAAUAUUCCGCUUAAUUGUUAUGAUUGAAAUAUUGUUGUUGAUGAAAUUUAAUUCAUUUGUGUGUGUGACAAAAUUGUAAAAAUAAAUUGAUUAAAUUAACUGUGGUGUCUGUGUCUGUCGUUAUGUUAGAUUCUAUAUUUUAGUCUUCCUUUUAUUAAAAUUAAAUUUGAUAACGUAAUAGUUGUUUGUACAUCCUAUAAUUGUUAUUUAAUAAAACAUUCAUAUAUAUGUAUAAUUACGAGACACACAAACAUUGGCAUUUCUAAUAAACUUAUGAAUUUUGGUUUAACUUUUUUUAGAGAUCUAGGUCGCACACAUUUAUAUUAUCGGUACUUCUUUAAUAAUCUUUUUACUUUAUUUUUACAUUUAAACAUUUUAAACAUUUACGACGACUUCAAAAGCAAUUAUUUUUCUUUAAAAAAAUAUAUUUUGUUUAAUUAAAAUUAUUUAUUUUAAUUUAACAGUUAUAUUCAAGUCGCUUUCUUAUUUCGGAUUCUUUAUGCAAAAUAGAAUAAAUCAAAACUCUGUAUACGCUGUCAGGGUACCACAAAAAAUAAGUCGGUCAGUAACCACCACGAUUUUCCAGGGGGAACCACGUGGAUGCAGGUCGACACCACAUGGUUCAUAAAAAAUAUUGCCAGAAAUGAGAUCUUUAGAUCCCAUUUCUAACAGUCCCUAUCUCCCCUGCCCAUUAGAUGAAAAUAAAUGCACUCAAAUAUUGUUUAUAUUAAUACCUUAUUAAAACUAUAUAAUAAAAACUAUAGUAUAUAUUUAGUUGCAUCCCGCGGUUUUACAUGCAUGAUUCAGUAUAUAAAGUACACUAUUUGCUAAUUUAGGAUCAAACUUACCAGUGUACCAUUUUUCUUUUUAAUCCGUUUAGUAGCUUUUACGGGAAAGGCUAAUAAAAACAUUAAUUGCAUAUAAGUCUUUAUCUAUGAGUAUUUAGUGUUACUCAUUUCUUUUUAUUUUUAUUAUUUUUUAUUUUACUAAGGAUUUUUCAUUUUAUGAAAUACAUACUGUAUACAGCAUAAAAUAUUGUCUUUUUUUGCUUACUUAGUUUUAAGUGCACUUUUUUUUUAUUAUAAUGUCACAUUACAAAUUAUGUAAUAGUUAUCUAAAGAGUUAUUUGUGUUGAUUUAUUGUGUACUCAAUCUUUUUUUUAUUAUAAUAUUUUUUUUUUGCAAAUGAAAACUAUUUUGAUUUGUUACUAAACUAAAGACACAUACGAUAUUUUUCUUCACUUACAUUUACUAUACUUGUUUAGACGUCGGUAAGUACACAUAUUUUUUUUUUAUAUAUUUUCUAUUAAUAUCAUUUUUAGUUAUAUAUUAUUGUCUAAAAAGUAAGUUGUUUUGAGUUAAACUUUUAUUUUAAUUGUACCCUUUAUCUCGAAAUAAAAUUAUCCAUUCCUAUUUGUUGUUACAUGUUUGCCAUACUUAUUAAUAAUUAUAAGUAUGGUAUACAGCAUUUUUUAUACUUUUUUAGAUGUAAGUAAUUUUAAAUACACUUCUAUAAUAGUUCCUUAAUUGCAAUUGCUUAAAAAGUUUCUUGGUUUGUUUACUGAAACUGUUGUUUGGUUUGUGUUUUUAUUAAAAUAAGAUUAUUAAUUCUA